GGGAUUUUAAAUGGAGUCAUAACAGAUUACCUUAACUAUUGAUAGUGACUAGAUGAAAUGACAAUACAGUCCAGUAUAUUCAUUAACUCUUUGUUGUCAGAUAAUAAUGAGACCAUGGAAAACACCGCUUGUGGUGAUCAGUUUCUUCAUCUACAUCAUUAUCUCAAAGACAUACCAAAUGUAUAUUAAGCAUGGGAAAAUAGCAGAUCGAUUAAGUAAAAAUGGCACAUUGGAGAAUAUUUUAUCAGACAAGAAUCUUGACAUUGGUAACCACACAGAUAAACGCCAAUUUAAACACUUCUUGAUUUUAUCAGAAGCAAGAAGUGGCUCCACGUAUUUACAGGAUUUAAUUAACAAACAUUCACAUUUAACAUCAUACGAUGAACUUCUAUCUCAAGUCCAACUGAGUAAAUUCCAGCUUGAUGAUAUCAGGAAUAAAUCAGAGUACAUUUUACGUUGUAUUAAACCUGAUGCUAAUAUCCCUGGCAUUCUGACUGGAUUUAAAGUAUUCAUAAGUCAGUUAAAGGCGAGUAAACUUGAAUUGAAGAAAUUGAUGACCUUACUUGAAAAUCCUGCUGUUAUUGUGCUCCAGAGAUGUAAUCUUUUGGAUCAAUACAUCAGCCUAGUAAAGGCCACCAGAACACAACAAUGGACUUCUCAAAUGAAAGGAAAAACUGAAAGAUCUCCAUUUAAUUUAGAUAUUGAAAACUUUGAAAAUUAUGCAACGUCCCAAAAUGAACACUGGAAGAUAAUAUUGAAUGAGUUAAAAUCAUAUCCCUAUGUAAUGUAUGUCACAUAUGAUGAUAUCCUUCAAAAGACAACUGAACUUCCGAAUGCAAUAUUUACAUUUUUAGGAUAUCCAUCAUCUGAUAAACCAUUUUUAAACUUGACUUCUUUCAAAAGACAAAGGAAAGCAGCUUUGGAAGACACUCUUGAUAAUUAUGAGGAUGUGAAGGAUCAAAUCGUCAAAUGGGAAGAAUCUCAAUUUAAUAGGUUAUCUAAUUGUUAAAUGUGAUAUUGAAUUUCAUUUUGGACAUUUCACUAGUUAUAAGUUGUAACAUGAUUACAUGAGUAAUUGAUUAGUACCUUUGAUUAAUAGACUUGAUCUAUGUUCCUAUUCUCCAAUAACAUAAAAAAUAGGAAAUAUCCAUUGUUAAACAACAAUGGCUUAUUUUUCUGCUAGAAUAUAUAAACACGACUUGUUUUAUUUCAUUGGCUCUGUUGUAAAACACCUCUUGAACAAGCAUAAUGCAGAAUAUUUCAUUUUAAAGUUUUAAAUAUGAAAUAUUUAGACCCUCACCUAAGGACUAUUUUAUAACAAUCACAAGAAUCAAAAGAUAUUGUGCAUUAUACACGCCUAACCAUUGUGUCAACAUACAGCAUCAACAAUAUGGAAGAUCAUCUAAAGUAGAUAAAAUUGGUGACUCCUCAACAGAAAGUGAAUCACUUGAGGUGAACUGACUCAGUGUUGAUAAAAUCAAUGAUGUUUAUACACUGUAUGCCGUGUAAUUGAACUCAAGUGCAUGUUUAAAAAGUUAACAAAUGCCUAAAAUACCUUACACAUGUCUGGU